UACAUUGAAAAACAAAAAGUGGAACUCGGCCAACUUUAAACUGCACAUCUUUUAUAGGUUUCCUGAAACCUAAUAUUCUUUGGAAAUUACUAUGGAUUACAUAGAUAUCCAAGUGGAAUCCCAAGACCUUACGGGAGAAGAAGAAGAGAUUCAGACCACGACUGAGACGUUUUUGAUCUCCACUUUGGGCCUACUUUGUAAUGCUACGAUUACCAAUUUGUCUGACUGUAACAUCAACGGCAGCGCCAUAUCAGGCAUGCUCGCAAACAUCGUAAAUUCCCAGCUGGAACGGAUUGUUAGCGUCGUGGUUCCCAUUCUUUUCGGAAUCAUCGUAAUAGUUGGUUUGAUUGGUAACUCUUUGGUGGUCGUGGUGGUCAUUUUCAACCCUCCAAUGAGAUCAACUACCAAUUUGCUUAUCAUCAACCUGGCCGUGGCUGAUCUCCUCUUUAUCAUCUUCUGCGUGCCCUUUACGGCAUUUGACUAUGCUUUACCGUACUGGCCAUUCGGCGACAUCUGGUGUCGUAUAGUGCAAUAUCUGGUCAUCGUUUGUGCUUAUGCUAGUAUUUAUACUCUUGUACUAAUGUCUCUGGAUCGUUUCAUGGCCGUCGUACACCCCAUCACCUCGAUGUCAAUCCGCACAGAGAAGAACGCUUACAUUGCUAUCACAGUCACGUGGUCUUUGAUCCUCUUAGCCUGCUUGCCUGCCCUCCCAGCUCACGGGGAAGUGUCCUACGAUGUGGGGUCAAACAAGUACUCCAUGUGUGUGUUUCUCCAGGAAGGCUACAACUACCCCGCUUACCAGAUCUCCUUCUUCCUCUCCUCCUACGUGGUGCCGCUCGUUCUCAUCUUCUGCCUGUAUGUGAUGAUGCUGAAGAGACUAUGGUUCCACGUGGCUCCGGGGGGCAAGAUCAGCGCCGAGAGCCACAAGUCCAAGAAGCGGGUCACCAGGAUGGUAGUGAUAGUGGUCGUCAUCUUUGCCGUCUGCUGGUGUCCCAUUCAGAUCGUCUUGCUUCUCAAAAGCUUGAACAAGUACGAUCUGAGGGAACGACCAAGUCGAGUUGUAUUCCAGGUGGCUUCGCAUAUUUUGGCUUACAUGAAUUCGUGUGUUAAUCCCAUCUUGUACGCCUUCUUGUCCGAAAACUUCCGUAAAGCUUUCCGAAAAGUAGUUACGUUCGUCCCUACCAGACGGCGAUUGAAGAGCAGCAGACAGGCCUACGAACCUGCCGAACGAGAGACAGCAGGCACCAAAAACACCUCCGCUACGAAACUAAACAAUGACAUCAUAUGAGGGCCAUCCUACGCAAUCCUUGAUUUUGUCUUCGAUUUUACAAUCCAGUCUCAAUUUCAUCUACCACCGUGUGCUUUCUUCUUGUGUCCCUUUGUCGUGUGCUCAAAGUAAUUGUAAACCUUUAUCAUCAACAUUCAAUAUUAUAUACUUACAAACAGUAUAACGACUCAAGCUGAUGCUCAAGCACCGUUACUGGUGAUAUGGUGACACAACGUUUAACUCAUCUCGUCCGAUACAUACUUAUGUGUUGGUGUUUUAAUAUCUAUUACUGACAGUUCAACGUCACACUGAACAAGAUCGUAACCAAUGAACUGAUGGAUUCUCCGACUUCCAGAGAAUGAAAUGACCAAAUAUGGCGAUUUCAAUGUUACUUAUCUAACUUCAAGAACGAGUACGCCCUUCAGAAGAACGAUUCCUAAAACAGAUCGUUACAAUUGUAUCAGAGCCAUAAAAAUAAAAUCAUAAAAGAACAAAAAUUCAGCAUUUUUAGAUUCGUCAAGAUUUUCCUGCUUACUUAGUUAGCUUCAAUAAUUCAUUUUGUUAAAACUUAAACUCGUAAAAUAUUUACCAUAAUGUCAACAAACACCGUGUUCGAAGCACCGAGAAAAAGUUUCAUAAGUGACUCGAGUUUGAAAACCAAGGUUAAAAUCAGGCUACUAUUGAGUGGCAGUGAUAAUACUGUUUAAUUACAAGACUGUUGGGCAGUGAUAAUACUGCUUAAUUACAAGACUUUUGGGCAGUGAUAAUGCUGUUUAAUUACAAGACUGUUGGGCAGUGAUAAUGCUGUUUAAUUACAAGACUGUUGGACAGUGAUAAUACUAUUUAAUUACAAGACUGUUGGGCAGUGAUAAUACUGUUUAAUUACAAGACUGUUGGGCAGUGAUAAUACUGUUUAAUUACAAGACUGUUGAUUGCACAUAGAAAUGGUACGUAAAAAAAACUGUAAUAACCUUUGAGAGAUGUCGCUUAUAUUCUAACUAUCGUUAUUUUGAAAGAAAUGGAAGGAAAUGAAAGAUGAAAUUCAUAGCAUUGAUAAUACGUAUGGAUGGAAACGAUAAAAUAUCCAUUGUACGUGUAUAAAUAUUAUAUCGAGGAGUUUAAUUGAUAUUUCUCUUGUCGUUCCCUUAUUUUGUAUAAGUGAUAGUGAAUUUCUAUAUUAAAUGUUAACGUAAGUAUUGUUGUUGUUAUUAUAAAGAACUUAAAAUGAUAUGUAAGUAUUGUUGUUGUUAUUAUAAAGAACUUAAAAUGUUAUGUAAGUAUUAAGCUCUUGUAACUUCUGUAUCACGUAAGUGAUGAAUUGAGGGUUGAAAAGAUAUCUCUCUUUAAUGAUUUGGUUUCCUCGUAAAAAUGGGGCUCUACGUGAGAAACCAAUCUGACUGAAGAGAUUAAUGACGUCAGAAGGUAAGGUCGAUUAUUCUGAGGUUAGAAUAUAUCAAAAUUGGACAACGUUGGAAAAUCCCGAAUAAAUAAAAUAGAGAAUCUGAUGACAUCCGUUUCGUCAUAUAGUGAUCUGUAUCUGUUAUUUAUGUAGGUGUUUAUCUUCUGUACCUUGUUGGCUGCAUAUGUAGUACAAUAUAGACUGUUUUUCUGUAGAAACUGCUUAGAAAUAAAGCGCUUCAGUUACACUGUA